CGGCUGAGUGCGCCGCUCCGGGGCGCGUCGCGCGGCCCGCCACCCUGCCGCACCCCGCCGCCUCCCCGCUGCCCCACGCCCACACUGGCUCUGUCGCGUCCGCGCUCCGGUCGGGGUUCGAGUGUGCGCAGGCGCGGCGGGCAGCAGAUAGCCCCACUGGGUGGGCGGCGGAGCCCGGGAGCGCGCGGGCGAGACCAUGGCGGGCAGCAGCACGGGGGGCGGAGGCGUCGGGGAGACGAAGGUGAUUUACCACCUGGAUGAGGAGGAGACUCCCUACCUGGUGAAGAUCCCAGUCCCCGCCGAGCGCAUCACCCUUGGAGACUUCAAGAGCGUUCUGCAGCGGCCCGCGGGUGCUAAGUACUUUUUCAAGUCCAUGGAUCAGGAUUUCGGGGUGGUGAAGGAAGAAAUUUCAGAUGACAAUGCCCGCCUGCCCUGCUUCAACGGAAGGGUGGUAUCCUGGCUAGUGUCGUCAGAUAACCCCCAGCCUGAGACGGCCCCCCCGGCCCACGAGCCGCGGACAGAACUGGCGCCUCCACCCCCACCUUUACCUCCUCUACCCCCAGAGAGGACCAGUGGCAUUGGGGACUCAAGGCCUCCAUCCUUCCACCCUAAUGUGUCCAGCAGCCAUGAGAACCUGGAGCCAGAGACAGAAACGGAGUCCGUGGUGUCCCUGAGGCGGGAGCGGCCCCGCCGGAGGGACAGCAGCGAGCAUGGCGCUGGGGGCCACAGGCCCAGUGGCCCCUCGAGGCUGGAACGCCACCUGGCUGGGUACGAGAGCUCCUCCACCCUCAUGACCAGUGAGCUGGAGAGUACCAGCCUGGGGGACUCGGAUGAGGACGACACCAUGAGCAGGUUCAGCAGCUCCACGGAGCAGAGCAGCGCCUCCCGCCUCCUCAAGCGCCACCGGCGGCGGAGGAAACAGCGGCCUCCGCGCAUGGAGAGGACCUCGUCCUUUAGCAGCGUCACGGACUCCACCAUGUCCCUCAACAUCAUCACAGUCACGCUCAACAUGGAGAAGUACAACUUCCUGGGAAUCUCCAUUGUGGGCCAAAGCAACGAGCGGGGAGACGGAGGCAUCUACAUCGGCUCCAUCAUGAAGGGCGGUGCCGUGGCGGCCGACGGGCGCAUCGAGCCGGGGGACAUGCUCUUGCAGGUGAACGACAUGAACUUUGAGAACAUGAGCAACGAUGAUGCCGUGCGGGUGCUGAGGGACAUCGUCCACAAGCCCGGCCCCAUCGUGCUGACUGUGGCCAAGUGUUGGGAUCCCUCUCCCCAGGCCUAUUUCACCCUCCCCCGAAAUGAACCCAUCCAGCCGAUUGACCCUGCCGCCUGGGUGUCGCACUCUGCCGCGCUGACUGGCACCUUCCCAGCCUAUCCCGGCUCCUCAUCCAUGAGCACCAUUACAUCCGGGCCCUCCCUGCCUGAUGGUGAGCCCCCCCUCCACAUCCCCGGGAGCCGCAUCCCUGGGGGUGGGAGCCCCACCCCUAAUUCUCCAUUGUCUCCUCUGUCAGGCUGUGAGGGCCGGGGUCUCUCCAUCCACACAGACAUGGCAUCUGUGACCAAGGCCAUGGCAGCCCCAGAGUCCGGGCUGGAAGUCCGCGACCGCAUGUGGCUCAAGAUUACCAUCCCCAAUGCCUUUCUGGGCUCGGACGUGGUCGACUGGCUCUACCAUCACGUGGAGGGCUUCCCUGAGCGGCGGGAGGCGCGCAAGUACGCCAGCGGGCUGCUCAAGGCAGGCCUGAUCCGGCACACCGUGAACAAGAUCACCUUCUCUGAGCAGUGCUAUUACGUCUUUGGUGACCUCAGUGGCGGCUGUGAGAGUUACCUCGUCAACCUGUCUCUGAAUGACAACGAUGGCUCCAGUGGGGCGUCAGACCAGGACACCCUGGCUCCUCUGCCUGGGGCCACCCCCUGGCCCCUGCUGCCCACCUUCUCCUAUCAGUAUCCAGCCCCACACCCCUACAGCCCCCAGCCCCCACCCUACCACGAGCUUUCGUCCUACACCUACGGAGGGGGCAGUGCCAGCAGCCAGCACAGUGAAGGGAGCCGGAGCAGCGGGUCUACACGAAGCGACGGGGGGGCUGGGCGCACAGGGAGGCCUGAGGAGCGGGCCCCCGAGUCCAAGUCCGGCAGUGGCAGUGAGUCGGAGCCCUCCAGCAGGGGGGGCAGCCUUCGCCGGGGCGGGGAACCUGGUGGGACUGGCGAUGGGGGUCCUCCCCCGUCCAGGGGCUCCACAGGGGGUGCUUCCAAUCUCAGAGCCCACCCAGGACUCCAUCCCUACGGACCACCCCCUGGCAUGGCCCUCCCGUAUAAUCCCAUGAUGGUGGUCAUGAUGCCCCCGCCCCCACCCCCUGUCCCUCCAGCGGUACAGCCCCCAGGGGCCCCUCCGGUCAGAGACCUGGGUUCCGUACCCCCAGAACUGACAGCCAGCCGCCAGAGCUUCCACAUGGCCAUGGGCAACCCCAGCGAGUUCUUUGUGGACGUUAUGUAGAGCCGUUGGGGCCAUGUCUGACUCCUCGGUGCUCCUGCUCGGUGGCUGCUGUCUGCCAGUCGCGCACCUGUUACUCCCCACAGUGCCUGGGCUCAGCCUGGCGGCUGCCGCCCACCCUAAACUUACUGCCACUGUGACUCACCAGCAGUGCCUGGUCCCUUCCCCUCCCGCAGGGGUACACAAGGGACCUGUGGUUACUCUUAGCUUUAUUAUUUUUUUAUAAACUUUUUUGGGGUUUAAAGUAUACUUUGUUACAUUUUGGGGACUAUUUUUUUAAUAGACAUUUCCUUUUUUAUAUGAAGAAUUCCCAUUUCCUGGACCCUUUCUUCUAACCCCAGAAUGUGGCCUCCUCCAGUCACUCCGUUGGCUCUACCCUACGCAGGGUGGGGAGUGGUCCAUGGUACCCUGGGAGGAGAAGGGGUUUGGGCCCCCCAGACAGCAGGCCAAGGAAGCUGGGGUAUUUGGUACUGGGGCCGUGUAGCUGCCUUUGUUAUUCUAUUUAUUUUAGUCACUUGUAUAAAACACCAAAUAAAGCAAUAGAGGCAAACUC